AUGUCGGAUGCUAAUGAUGGCUUUACACCAGUGGUGUCGAAACGUAAAGCUCGACGCAGCAAGUAUGUUGUGCGCGAGAAAACUGUCGAGGAUCACUUACAAGAUUUGCAAGAAAAGGCAGACGCAUUUAAGGGGUCUGUUGUUUAUUCUACAAUCAUAGCGCAUUUAGAUGCACUGAUACCCGAGAAUAAGCAGGAUUUGAAGGAAGAUAUCACCGAGGGCACUCAGGAUGACUUCCCAAAAGAAAAAAAGAGCGACAAAGAGGGUCAGGAAGAAGUUAAUACAGAAGAAACUAAAAAGGAUACAAAAGAUGAUCCCAAAGAUGAUCUUGAUAAAAAAUCAGAUAAAGACUCAAACAAAGAAUCUAAGGAGGAUCUCAAGGAAAUUUCUCAACAAACCACACAGAGCCAAACACCCAUAUCCAUUGUUCGAUGUCUUGCCUUGGGCUCACCUACAGAUUCACACAACGCCAUGUACCAGUUAGCGUUAUUAGGUCUACUGUUAAAUCAUCUCGGACUACCCUCUUCUUCAGUUUCAUGCUGGGAUCCGGUGUUUACUCCAGCUGAUCUUAAGCUUUUUGACCGCUUGGGUUACACUGUGAGUCAAACCGAUCCGGAGGAACCACAAAUAGCUAAACCCAAUACCAGUGCAACCCUAUACUAUGUGAUUCAUUCGCCUCCUCUUCUUACAGAAAAAGUGCUGGCGCGUGCAAACGAGUCCUCCUUGCGUACAGUUGUCAUUGGUAACAAUUUGACAACAUAUACUAACCAUCACUCGGAUGCAGAAUUGAGCGAAAAGUAUCCAGUGUUGUUUAAGGCGAUUGAAGACGUGGAUGGAAACGAAGAAAGUAAGUACUGGGAAUUUAGAGUUAUUCCAGAUAAGUUGUCGAAGAACGAGGCAUGGAUGACUGCUGUGAAUGAUUUAGCUGUGUACUGGGAGAAAUAA